CUGGAUGAUGAAUUCCUCUUAGCAAAAGAAGAGUGGGGGGAGCUUCUGCCGCCUGACCAAGGACGGUCCGCGGCCUGACCCCCCACUCCAGUGCCGGGAGGAGGGGCCCCCCUCGUGGGGCUGGCAGGAGAGCCGCCAGGACCCCGGCUGCGGGCUGGGGAGGGGGUGUCGGGCUCCUCUCUAGACCCGAGGUGAUGGGCGGAGCUCGCGGGCCCGGGCUGGGGAGGGUGCGGGCUCCCCUGCCGCGAAGCCGGUCCCGGGGGAGCGGGGUUCCGGUCCCAGCGGGCUGGAGGCGGCGCUGAGCCUCGUGACGCAUAAAUAGCGGUGGCAGCAAAGCGUUUGGCCGCGGACUCGUCGAAGGAGCCCGGCCGCCACUUCCCGCUGCAGCCGCGCCAUGCGGUGAGCGCUGCCGAUCAACACGACCCGACCCUACUGGACUCGUCCCCGGGCGCAGCCGCUCACGGUACCCGAUCAGUGCCGUCCGCGCUCUCCUGUCCCCGGCAGCGCCCCGCAUCCCUCGUGCCACCCGUCCGCUCCAGCCAGGCCAGGCGCCCACAGGCCGGCUCCCCUCGCUCCAGAUGGCCAGGGCCGGCGCCCUCCUGCUCCUCUCGCUCCUCCUCGUCGCCGCCCUGCCGGCCACCUUGGUGCUCGGGGCCCCGGCAAAAGAGAAGAGAGGCUGGACCCUGAACAGCGCCGGCUACCUGCUGGGCCCCCCAGAUGCCAUCGACAACCACAGAUCAUUUAGUGACAAGCAUGGCCUCGCUGGCAAGCGGGAACUCCAGCUGGAUGGCGACCUGCAGACAGGAAGCUUUGACAGGUCAUUGCCUGAGAACAACAUUGUGCGCACCAUAAUUGAGUUUCUGACUUUCUUACAUCUCAAAGGUUGAAAAGCUUCCGGAUUUCUGUCAAGACAUGCCUGAGAUAGAAAAUGGAAAGUCCAUGAAGAGUGUGCCUUAUGCUCAGAAUGGUGGUGAACACCUCUAUUCCCACAGUCUUGGCGUCUGAAGCAGGAGGGUGGCAAAUAUGAACCAAGCCUGGACAACUUAGGAACUUAGUGAGACCUUGUCUCAAAAUAAAAAAUUAAAAAAGAACUAGAGACAUAGCCCUGGGUUCAAUCCCCAGUACCACAAAAACAAACAAGCAAAACCCUCCAAAACAAAGAAUAUGCUUUGUGACUCAGAACUAAUGCUUAGUGACAGGCGCCUCAGUGGAGGCCAGCAGUGGUUUCUAAGAGCAGGGGGAGCAGGGACUCCACCAUAACCAGGAGCUGCCUGGCUCCUGGUCACCUUUUGGUCUCCAUAAAGGAGUGUGCUGUAGCUAUGGUCUCUUUAGGUUGUGCUUUUUCUCUGCAUCUCAAAGUCACACAUAUUUAGUGUAGAAAAUUAAUGGACAAUAAAGAUGAAAAGAAAUUGUUUCACUGUUUCCAUGGGGAUAGACUGUAGACUCCCUUCCAGCAUUCCCUGUCCCUUUCCCUAAGGUAAAUGAUUUUAGGGGAGUGAGGGGUGCUGGGGGUGGACCCCAGGGCCUCACACAUGCUAAGCAAGCUGGAUCCUCAGCCCCCUGAGAUAGUGGAGGCCACGGUCCUGUGCUGGCAGCUCAUACCAUGGGAAUGUGAUUGAAUGAACCACAUCUCAGGCAUCUUUCUGUGUGAUGUGUACAUUUUUCUCAUGUAAUCCUCUCAGCAACCAUGGAACCUAAAAACUGCUACAGCUAUGCAGUCUUAUAGAUCAAGAAACUGAGGUGCAGGCAGUGGAAUCUCGAGUCUAAGUCCUCAUGCUGACUCCAGGGGCAGGUCUCACCCUUGGCCAUGCCUUUUCCACACGAUGCACAUGACUGUCACUCUGAUUUGUUUUAACUUUUUAAUCUACCUGUCCUGUAUCUACCUAUUCAUGCAAUUGCAUACAUAUUUUCAAAUAAAAAGUGAUUUGUAUUCCUUGUAAUAAUUCAAACAUCACAGAAGUCACAGUGGAGGUCCUGUCUCCCUCCUGAAGUUACUUAGCAGCUAGAUCUGUAUGUCCAGCACCAAGGCACUCAAAUGUGGCCAUCAUAGCCCACUGUUCCACUGCACGGCACUGGUCUGUGGAACUGACAGACUUGUCCCUGGGUACCACCCCCAGGCUACACUAGGGGCUUCCUUGUGACUUCUCCCCAUCAUGAACCUCCAAGGGAGCCACUGCUCAGACUCUGACAGCGGUAGAUCUGAUGUGCUGAGACAUCAGGUGAGUGGAAGCCCACAGAGCAGCCUUUCGGCCCUGCUUCUUUCCUCAGCAGUGUCUGUGACAGUCAUUCUCGCUGCUGCACUUCGCUGCACUUCUUUCCUUUCUGUUGAUGUGUAAUUUUCCUUUGGACCACAUACCUGCCAUUGUAUCUAUCAAUGGACUUGUCCCUUGGAUUGGUGGGCUUGUUGCCAGUGUUGGGCUAUUUCAAAUAAAGUUGCUGUGAACAUUCUUGUGCAAAUCUUUUGUGGACAUUUACACUCACUUCUACUGGCUGUAUUUUUAGAAAAGAAAUUGCCGGGGCAUAGUAUAUACAAGGCUUAGCUGUAGUAGCUAUUGUCAGACAAUUUCCCAAAAUGCUUGUACCCAAUUUAA